AUGGAAGUUGGUGCUGCAGUCGCUGCCGGAUGGACUGAAGAGGAGCAACCGGUGAGGUACCUACAGCUGUCUCCAGAUGGCUAUCCGGAGAGCCUGGUUGCAGUACCGGCUGCCCCACAAGACCUGCCGCCUGCGCCCCCGCGGGCACAGGCCAACCUGGCAGGGUCGGAAACCGUCCUCCAGGAGCGAUCCCCGUGGGAGCAGAUCCUGGAAGCACAGGUAUUCCAAGGAGACCUUGCAGGCACUGGCACUAUUCCACCGCUGCUGCACACACAACAGAUGGCUGUGGAAAUGCCUCCUAUGAGGACGCCGAUCAUGGCGGCCAUCGGGCCGGUUCCCUCGGGCCGCGUGGAGCUUCUGUCAGCCAACCUUGGUCCGGCUAACGCCGCCACGAGCAUGAAAAAUCCCAGUGACGCGUUCCAGUCGUGGCUAGUGGACUUGGAGAGAUUUCACGAAGAGAGGUUGCUUCAGGAAGCUCAACGACGCUUCUGCAGCUGUGGGCCCCACGCCUCUCUCAACGACUUCAAAAAGUGGCUUUGUGCAGCAUCGCACUUCGCAGACGAGGCUAUCGUCCGCGAAAUGCGAAAGUCACAGCUUUGCACCUGGUUGCUGUGUGUGCGACGCCUUUCCCAGCAUCGACCCGGGUUUUCGGAGAUGAGCAGCGUGCUGACAACGAGCCUCCCCCCGGAAGUGAAGCUUCGCAUUGAAGCCUUCAUAGGGGGUAGGCACGUGUGGGGCCCCAUCAGUGCAGCAAGAGCAAAGCAGAUCGCAGAACGCGCCCAGCGCCAGCUGAAGCGGAGCGAGGGCUUGCUGCGACAAUCAGCAUUGGCUGCGCUCGUGGCGAGGUACGUCCAUCCUGCCGUCGUUCAAGCAGCUGAAGCUGGCUGCAUGGCUUGCUACACUGAGAUCCCAACUGACGAUGUGGCAUUGCAGGCUCUCUACGAGGUGGUGGCAUCUGAGCCACAACACACCAAGGAGGUGGGUGCCAUGUUGUGUGCGCACCUAGCCAUUGACGGGUUUCAGGUUGAACCCAAAUACCAUGAUCCAGAGUACGGGCUCUGGCGUGGCUUCUGGGUCGACAAGUGCAACAGGCUUCGCUUGGUCCUGCGCUGGUGA